GUCAGCGUGAGGAACGAGGGUCGGCGCCAAAAUGCCGCCACUGCUGAGGGGGAGCAACAGGCGUGUGGUCCUUGCUCUGGCCCGUCGUGCAGUGCUCGGUGCAGGGCCCCGCUGGUCCGCGGGCGGUUCAGGUUGCGCUCGGGACUCCCCUUUCGGAGCUGAAGAGCUGCGGGGAGAGCCGGACAGAUUCGGAGGCGUCUCCGUGCGCCUGGGGAGGCUGGACGCUCUGGACCGCCUGGACCCGGUCGCCUUCCAGAGGGCCUUGCAGGGCAAGUGCGCCUGGUCCGAGGCUCUCCGGGCUGCUGAGUCUUUCUCGUGAAGUAACCGCGGUCCCCACCCCCGAGUCGCGCCCGAGGGAAGGAGAGGGCAUGCCUGACCCGCACCUGUUUUCUGCCUUUAGUUCUUGUGCCCUUGGCGGGGAGGUCUCUGAGGCGAUUGGGUGAAACGAUAGCCAGCUCAGACUCUGGCAUCUGCAGCCGUUGUUUCGGGUCUUCUUUCUAGUGUGUAACCUCGAGCCAAGUUGUGUAAACCACCAUUUUCUCAUCUGUAAAACCAGGUAAUAGGAACUCGUGGAAUUGCUGAGGGAUGAAAUGGAUAACGCGUAUCAAGUGCCUCGCAGAGUUUCCGCCACAUACUUAGCGCUUAGUAAAUCUGCAGUACAGAAAUGGAGAUCAGAAGGUAGAGUAGCAGUGUGGCUGCACAUUCCGAUCCUUCAAAGUCGAUUUAUUGCUCCUGCUGCUUCCCUGGGCUUCUGUUUUCAUCACGCAGAAUCAGAUUCAUCUAUGCUGUCUCUGUGGCUGGGAGAUGGGCCCAGCAGAUUACCAGGAUAUGCUACACAUCAAGUGGGAGUUGCAGGAGCUGUAUUUGAUGAAAAUACUAGAAAAAUACUGGUUGUCCAAGAUCGAAAUAAACUGAAAAAUAUGUGGAAGUUCCCAGGAGGCCUGUCAGAGCCUGGAGAAGAUAUUGGAGAUACAGCAGUUCGAGAAGUUUUUGAAGAGACUGGUAUAAAAUCAGAAUUCCAAUCCCUCCUGAGUAUUCGGCAACAGCACACCCAUCCGGGAGCUUUUGGGAAGUCAGAUAUGUAUAUUAUCUGCCGCUUAAAGCCAUAUUCAUUCACCAUAAAUCUUUGCCAGCAUGAAUGCUUAAAGUGUGAGUGGAUGAAUCUCAGUGAUCUAGUCAAGACUAAAAAUACGACUCCCAUCACAAGCAGAGUUGCAAGACUGCUGCUGUAUGGGUACAAAGAAGGGUUUGACAAAAUUGAUCUGACCAUGGAAGAACUGCCAGCAGUUUACACAGGCUUGUUCUAUAAACUCUAUCACAAGAAACUGCCAGACAAUUACAAAACUAUGACAGGAAUGGAUUAAAUUCAUAUUUACAUAUUUUUAAAAUGUUUAAGUUGUACAUGUAGAUUAAUGUGUGCCAUAUUAUAGGAAGUAGUGGACAGUUGGGUUAAUGACUAAAUAUGACUUUAAUUUUCUAAUGUCUAUAAUUUCCAUGAAGAAAACUUGUUUGUACACAUUUUAAGCGCCUCUUUUCAAAUAAAGCAACUGUAUGAAAGAGUGUAGCUUUAAAUAAGUUUCACUGGAUAAAAGGAAUGCUAUAUAAAAAGUGGAAAUGUAUACAUUUUCCAGGAA